AUGAUUGAGCUGUUCGAAGACCGCUACGUUGCUCUUAUUGAGGUUGUUGUUGCUGCAGCUACCACAAUUAUUAUUGAUGCGAGGAUUCGGGAGGAGAGAUCUUUCCAGUAUUGGGACUUUGACAAUAAGAAGCCGCCAGAGUUUUAUACGGUCAAGGGCCCGAUUGUGACGAUAAGGUGGUUGUCUAAUACGGAGGGUAGUUUCUUCACAUGUUCUUGUCUGGAUGACCAGAAGGCCAAGUGUGCCCUGAACCUUCUCUGUUCGGGGGCAAAUAUUGGUGGAAAUUGGUUACUGGCUCUUACACUCAUGAGCAGAGGGGUGGCGGUGACUUGGGAGCGGUUCUCAAAUAUGUUAUGUAUGAAGUAUUUGCCCCUAGUGGAGAGGGAGAGAUUGACCAAGGAGUACCUGGAUAUGAGGCAGUCGACUGAAAUGGUGACGAAGAUCACCAAGAUAUUUAUUGCGAGGACUUUAUUUUGUCCCGAGUUUUCGGCUUCAAAGCAGGACCAGAUGAUCCGAUACUUUAGCAUACUUAAGACGGAUAUCCGACAGUUUGUGUCUACCCAACGAUACGAUACCCUUGCUGAGCUCCAAGAGGCCGCAAGGAGGCAAUAG